AUGGCGUGCAUUUCCUUGGAACGAAGUUAUUAUGAUCACUCACAUCCUGCACAUCAGCCAAAAAGAAGAAUGAAGCCUCGGUGGCCUUUUUCUCGGUCUUCUUCUCUUGUGCGCCACCUCAGCUACUUACGUUUGGCAGGCGACUUGCGGACCUUGAUUGACCGCGAUGAGAACUGCGAGCACACGUCUGCGCCUUCGUCGUCUUCCUCAUCAGAAGUGGGAACCAAGGGUAUUAUGUUGGACCCUGAAAAUACCUUCCUGUUACAGUCUUUAAAGCGACGGAGGGAGUCUCUUCUAAAUGACAAACCUGAAACUGCAGAUGCUAAGCGUUUCAAAUAUCUUUCUAAUGGUACAGAGUUCCUGCCCAUUCAGAACAUUUCUUCAUUUACCAGAAAUAACUACCCCUCACCAGCGUCCAACCCAAGCUCAGCGUCCAGUUUGGAUCUGUCUGGUCUUCUAGACAUGAAUGUGGAUGUGGAGAGACCGCGUUCUCCAAAGGAUGGUUUGGCAGGAGAUGAUGAAGAACCCGAAUCCACGGUGCUUUUCUCUGGUUCAGAUUCUACAGAGUACAGAGCGGAGCGUGGCAUUCUAGAUGAUGACUCCAACUCACUGUUCUCGCAGUCCGAUUCUGAAAGCAACAACGACUGUACCAAGUCACUGUUCUCUCAGUCUGAUUCUGAAAGCAACAACGACCAUACCAAGUCACUGUUCUCUCAGUCUGAUUCUGAAAGCAACAACGACCAUACCAAGUCACUGUUCUCUCAGUCUGAUUCUGAAAGCAACCGCAGCCAUGAUGGCCAUACCAAGUCACUGUUCUCUCAGUCUGAUUCCGAAUGCAAUCAAAUCACAAAUUCCGACAGCAAUCAUUCAAACGCGCUAUCUUUGCAGUGGGAUUCUGGGCGAGGUCAUAGAGGUGACAAAUCGCUAUUGGCUCAGUUUGAUGACGAGGAUGAUAUGCCCAUAACGGAGUUGGGAAAAGGUGCCAAUAUAGAGCAUAGCGAGGAAGAGGUCGUAGAUGGUGGUGCUGAAGGCAGAGCAGAAAAUGAGGAAGUUGACUUCACAGCGGAAGCUGGCGAUGAAGCUGAUGAUGAAGCUGAGAAUGACGAAGCUGAUGAUGAAGAGGCCGGAGAAAAAGAGGCCGGAGAAAAAGAGGAUCAUAUGCGAGAGCGUAGCUUUUCUGGUACUGGACCUAUUAACAGGAAGUCUGCGCAUAGGUUUGUUGUUGUUGCUAAGUCUGACGAUGAAUGGGAGGAAAGCAAAGAAUCAGAAGGCCAAUGCGGCAGUGAUGGUGAAGAAUCUGACGAUGCAGUGGAAUCAGCUAGUAGAAAGCCUGGUAGUCCCUGCCGUCACAAUGCUAUUGCUAAAGACAGAAUACUGGCAGCCAAGACAGGCUACACACCUAGCACAUCCUCGACAUUCAAGAACACCACUACUACGUUCCAAGGAUUUUCAUGCACUCAUGAUUCUCAUAUCGACUCAGCCCAGGGAUCAUUUCCUUGGACCAAAAUCAGCUCAUGCUCCAUCCUAGCUGGCUUUCAUAUCCAGUAUACUCUCUUUGGUUUCGUCUGUUCAGAGCACAGUACCAUUAUCCAUCCACGUCACAUAAUCCGACAUCUGAAAGGCAAGCACAAACGCUCUGGAAAGCAGUUUAGAUUGGCGGAAGUGGCCGUACUGCACGAUCAUGUGUUCAAGACUCAUGGCAUCUCCAAUGAGACGAUCGAGUUUCCCCUUCCCACCACCCCCUUACAAGAUGAUAUACCUGGGCUUAGCCCCCAUCUUGCACUUGCCUGUCCUGUUCAAGGCUGCGGUGCUUUCCUAAAGUUGAGUGACCCCAGGGAACAUAAUCUGUCUGCGAGACGUUUUGAAAGGAAUGUUUGGGAGCAUGUUGAAAAACAUCAUGACAAAACGCUUAUCCCUGAUCUCAAGAACAACAUUCUCAAACGUCGCUAUGUUAUCCAACCCUUUAAGCACUCUCUAGCUGGCAUUGAUAAGGACUGGAAUCUAACUCUUCCAUAUGAAGAAGACUAUCAUCCUGGAGCGACCUCACAACAACCCUGUAUUGAGGCGAACGUCAACACCUCACAGCCACCAGCCCCAAUCUCAGCUGACUGGCUGGAUGAACUGGGCUGGCAUACUUGGAUUGAGAAAACUGGGGCCGACGCAGAAGCAUUACGAACUUUAGUCAGUAUGCCGCGAGAAUCAUAUCUCAAAUCAUAUCUGCCUCGGGAAAGUCCUCGCCAUACCCUGGAGGUUGGCAUUCUAGCCAUAUACCGACUUCUAGAAGGUUAUCUUAAAGAUGCAAAUGAAUUCGUUGAUGAAAAGCACGGAGAUUUAAGGGCUGAAGUGACAGCUGGAUCACACGCUCACUAUCGUCCUCUACAAAGGCAGUCGUACCUAGCUUACAGGCGACCCACAAUGGCGAUGAUCCUACUUCUUCUGCGGGUGAUUCAUCUUCAAACUUCACAUGACCACGUCCUGCUCCUGCAGCUGGGAAAAUUUCCUGAGAUGCUCUGGAAGAAUCUUGAUGCCAAUCAGAUCAAAUCGGCUUUUGAUCUAUUUGAUUAUAUUACAACUGGCAGUCAACGGUCUUUCGAUCCUGAGAUUGUCCUUCGCCAUACUCAUGAUCUCCUCUCUCUCCUUGUACGACACAGCAUCAAGUCCUUGGAAAAGAUUGGCUGCGCAAGUGACAUAACCCUCCUGCUAGGCUCUCUACUUCCUGAUGGCCGCUACCAAAGUGCCAACUGCCUCACAAAGGACUGCGCUAUGUUCUGUCAUGGAAUGGUAGCUACCAUAAUUCAUUUCGUUCGGUUGCAAGAGUUGGAUGCCCCCCAUUUUUCACCUCACAACGCAGCUCUUUUCCAGGCACAAUUUGAGGGCAUCCGUUCCCUUCAAGUUCCUGUUCCUAAUGUAAUCAAUCAGGACGCUAUGGUCAGUGGGGAAGAUAUGGCCGAUGGAGAUGAUGCAGCCGAUGGAGAUGACGCAGUCAAUGAUGUCGAAGAAGAAGUAGAGGAGGAUCUUGGAAAAGACUUGGAGAUCGAGAGCUCGCAAGACCUUUCUGAUAAAAAUGGUGAUGUUGAGACUGACCAGUUGACAAGAUCUAAACAGUAUCGUGAUUUACUUAUUGCUGAUAAAGACGGGGAGUCCUUGGAGACUACUUCGCAGUUGAGAAUCUUCAGUCUCCUGGCGGACGAAAGAAAUUCUUUCUUGAGUCCUCUGAAGCCAACACCUUACGGCCACUGCAAAUUUGUGUGGUUCAAGGUAGCCAAAGCAGCACGUCUUGAAUCUCGUGCAUCUGGCUUUACUUUCAUGGAGGACGGUCAGGGCAUCAUUAUAAAUGAUGCUUCAAAACGCCCCCACCCGAUUGCCUUUUCACUCCUGGGUUCUUCGGCAAGAGAUGCCAUUUUUGGAACAGAAGAAAAUAUCAUCAAAUGUCUUCCGGACAGCUGCGUUCAAGACUUUCUCAAUUUUGGAUGGGAAUCAAUCACAGAUGACGUCAUGUCAUAUCAGUCCAUUUUUUUCCAGCCUCAGAACCAAGAUUUUCUUCAGCCAAUUCGCAACAAGCUUCUUAAUUUGCUGCUAGCCAAACAGAGUCGGAAUCAGAGGCAUGAACCUCUGCCUCUCACAUCUUCUACUGGUCAGCUGGAUAUUCCGAAGGCACGAACGUGGUUACAAAGUCAUGACUCUAUUCUAUCUUCCAUAACAGCCGCUUUCAUCCUUACCUGCGGUGUUCCUCCUCGCGACUUCCAGUUCAAAUCUUUUCAGGUGGACCAUGAUGAGGACAAAGGAUACAAGCGUAGCUUUUUCAUUAUUGACAAACUUCCAGCAUUUGCCAAUCCAAAAGCGAAGCAAGUAGGCCAGCAUUUUAAGCAGUGCUUAUGGGGAGCAACAUCAGCACAGGCGCGCUCUCUGCUAUUUUUCCUAGGGAUUCUCAAGCCAAUAUACGCAGAAAUCAUGCGUCUGAUGAAGGUCCAUGACCGGAUCUUCGAUAUAUACAUUUUUGUUCGCACCGCACCCCUAGCUCAAAGUCAGUUGACGUCACACCCUCUUCUCCUGAGCGGCACUACCAUCAACUACUAUCUCUACAAGCACACGCGCUCAAUAGGGAUAAGGCUUACCUGUGGAAUUAUGCGAAACAAAAUCACUGCUGUUUAUCAUCAGUUCUUUCCAUGGCUAUCAACUUCGGCAGAUAGCAAUCCAGGAGAACGUUCUGCAGUGGACUGGCAGGGACAGCAUGAAUCUUUAACUGGAAAUGUUCACUAUGGUCGAAUUCUUGAUAUUCCUCUUGCGCUCAAUAUGUCUAGGAACAAGGCUAUCAUGUUUAUCGAAGUCAGCCGAGCUCUACAGUCCAUCUAUGGUCUGGCACCUUCCGAUGAGGACUGGAGCCACCAUCAUGAAAUCCAACAAUCACCUUAUGUCCUUGCAAAGGUCCGGGAAGCUGCCGCAUUUGCUAAGGCUCAAUACCUUAUCUGCGUUCACUAUGGUUUAGGCGGGGAUUGUAAUAGUGCUGAAGUCCGUAGCAGGAAUCUUAAAGUGGUGAACUGUGUAUUGAACACAGCCCCUUAUCUGCAACGCCCUUCAUCAGAGACUUCAGCCUUCAUUGGUGAUGAUGUGCUAAUUCAAGUUGUGCGCAUUCUAGCCUACGGCAUCCAUGGACCUCGCCCAUUCACCUAUCCUCCUGCUGGUGGUCACUCCGUCAUACUCCCUAGCAUCGCAGUUAAGCUGAUUGUUAAAGCUCUGGAAGAGUGGAGAGAUGGACGCUAUAAAUCAUUAGACCUCCCAAAUGAUCUCAAACUUGCUGGAUAUUUUGAUAGUAUCCAAGCUAAGGCGCAUAAGUGGUUUAGUUCUAUUAAAUCUGCUGAUAUCGACUUAUGGCUGGCUACCAGCCAUGCUAUUCACUCUAAUCCUUGUCUUCAAGACUGCAGUAUUAUAGAUAGUUGGGUUCCAAGAGGGGUACCCUGUGUACCGUCUGCUUAG